UGUCUUAUUAUAACCAGACAACCGUUGUCUCUACUCCCUGCCACCUGGUGCAUCACAUCCACUAAACUCGACUGACACAAUGUGAAAUAUCGAUCAAAAUGGCCCAGUAUCUUAACAGGCAGAUCAUCGCCAUUUCCGCAGAUACCCCAUACUAUGACCUCGGAUCCUUCCAUCGAGCAGUCACCACUGCUAGCAGGGAUGCUCAGGUCUGGUUCGACCGUGGCCUGACCUGGUGCUAUGCUUUCAACCACGAGCAGGCCGCCGAAUGCUUCAACCAAGCGAUCGCGCACGACCCAACAUGUGCCAUGGCAUACUGGGGACUAGCGUUUGCGCUCGGGCCAAACUAUAAUAUGUCAUGGGAGGCUUUCCCUCCGCAGGCACUGGAGAUGGUUGUGGGCCGCACGCACUCUGCGCUCACCCAGGCCUUGGAGAACAGUGAAGCUGCAACGCCCGUCGAGCAAGGUCUCAUUCGAGCGCUUCAAGCUCGCUUUCCUCAGAAGCAUGCGCCGAAGGACCCACAGGAGCUCCAGUCAUGGAGCAGAGCAUAUGCGGAGGCAAUGCGGGUCGUCUAUGAGAGGUUUCCAGGUGACUUGGAUGUCACUGCACUAUAUGCUGACAGCCUCAUCAACUUAACACCGUGGCGGCUCUGGGAUUUGCACACCGGACAUCCGACCGCAGGAUCAUGUACACUGGAGGCUAGAGAUGUCCUCCACCGUGCGUUGGAUGAAGACGGCGGCUAUGCCCACCCAGGUUUAUUGCAUGUGUACAUCCAUCUCAUGGAGAUGUCCAGCCAGCCAGAGGCGGUGUUGCAAAUCGCUGAUCGUCUCCGUGGGUUGGUUCCCGACUCGGGUCAUCUUCAUCAUAUGCCGACCCACAUAGAUAUCCUCUGCGGGGACUAUCAGCGAGCUAUUCUCUCCAACUCUGAUGCAGUGCGGGCUGAUGAGAAACAUCUUGCCCUGUCUCGGCCUCAGGGUAUCUAUACGAUGUACAGAUCCCACAAUUACCAUUUCCUGAUCUACGCCGCUAUGCUCGCGGGGCAGUUCAAGGUCGCACUAGACACUGCCAUCAAGCUGGAAAAAUCACUUUCCGAGGAAAUACUACGCACGCCGCAUCCCCCGAUGGCCAUGUUCUUGGAGUCGUUUGUGCCGAUGCGCGUGCAUGUCUUGAUUCGUUUUGGGCGCUGGGGAGACAUUAUCGCGAUCAAACUCCCACAGGACCAGGAAUUAUACUGCGUGACUACCGCCGUGAUACACUACGGGAAAACUGUCGCCUUGGCUGCACUGGGAGAAAUCGACGAGGCAAGCAAGGAGCAGGAACUGUUCCAGAAAGCCUUCCAACGAGUUCCACCAACGCGUACCCUGCACAACAAUACUUGUCUUGACAUUCUAGCUAUCGCACAGGCCAUGCUCGACGGGGAGCUUGAGUACCGCCGUGGCAAUACCACCAAGGCAUUCCAGCAUUUGAGCCAUGCCACAAGUCUCUAUGAUAAGCUUCCAUACGACGAGCCAUGGGGGUGGAUGCAGCCCAUCCGCCAUGUUCAUGGCGCUUUGUUGUUGGAGCAAGGACUUGUGGAAGAGGCGGCGGACGUCUAUGCCGCGGACCUUGGGGUGGAUGAUUCUUUACCGCGAGCCAAACAGCAUCCGAAUAACGUGUGGUCGUUGCAUGGGUACCAUGAGUGUCUUGUCAGACUGGGUCGUGAUUCUGAGGCGCGCAUUCUUGGGUUGCAGCUUAGGAUGGCACUGGCUCGGGCGGAUGUUCCGAUCAAAUCAUCUUGUUUCUGUCGGCUCAGUACCGGAAGAGCUUAAGCGAGCCAUUGGAGGAACUAUUUGACGUAUGGCGUUCUGGACUGUGGGGCGGUGUGGUAUUGUGCUAUUAC